AUGGCAACUCGCGAGCGAAGAGUUUCGCGGCCGCCCUUGCGUUUUGUCCAGGAUGCUACAAUACCUUGUCAAAAUGCAGAGUACUGGGAGCAGGGCCGGCGCAGGGACAACAGGCCGGUCCGGCAGGUCUACAAAUUGCUGAAACAGAAGGACAUUCGCAAGGACCUUGCAGGCCAGGAGGUUCACGUCUACUGGCCCGAGGACCAGCAAUGGUAUCGUGCAAAUGUGGAAGAGGUAAAACCCUUUGCAAAUGCAAAAGUCCUGAUGGCCGCUGAAGUGUCAUGCAAGUGUACCUUGGCCCCAACACGCGUGAAGGUGACGAUACAGCAGUCGGAGCAGCCAUCCGCAUACCUUCAUUACCCAGACACGGAUGAAUAUGAGGACGUGAAUUUAAACGAGCUGGUUGAGUCCAAGCAAAUUGCUGUCAUUGAAAACAAGUCGUUUUACGCCAAGUUAAAGCGGGAUGAGAUUCCAGUCAAUGCGGCUGAUCGGUUGACCGCCGUGUAUGAAGACGACGAUGGCUGUUCUGGCGACACUGCCGCUUAUGAUGACGUUGGCAGUGACGAGAGUGAAGGUGAUGGUUCAGAGAUCGAAAAGACCAAGAGAAGCUGGUUUGGAGCGAUCGGCCCGAAGCAAGGUUGCCAGGAUUUCGAUGAGCUACAGCAACUGCGCAAUCUUACAGGAAUGCCAAACGGACAGCAAGCGGUAACUCGAGUGGAGACGAAGGUUGGCGCGCCCGGACCGCACCCCCAUCUGCGCCAGCCCCACGGCAACGGCACUGCCGUACAGGGAACACCCGGCGGCGCCGCCGGCGACGCGCUGGCGGCUGACAAUGACAUGGCGGAGGCGGAGGCCUUCAAGAACAGCCUCAUGAACGCGCUGAUGCACACCUUUGGCGGUGGCCCUCCCUCAACCAUGAUCCCUACCCCCGGCGGGAUCAUGAUCCCCACCCCAGGGCCAGCGGGCGGGGCCGUGGCUGCCGCCGCCGCCGCUGGCACCGUGGGCGUCGCUGGCGGGCACGCGCCCAUGAUCAUGAUCCCCACCCCCGGCGGGGCUGCCGGCGGCGCCGCCGGCAGCGGCGGCAAUAUGCCCGGGGAGGCACCUGGGUCCGCCCGCGGCAGCGGCAGCGGGGGCCAUCUUCGAGGGGAGCGCCACGGCGGUGGACUGCGGACUCAGGCCAGCUUGCCCUCCGCGGGCAGUGUAGGUAAUGAUGACGAGGUGCGGUCCAAGGUACGAGAGCAGCUGGCGUCGGCGCUGCAGCGGGCGCUGGACGAACUCAAGGCUGAGGGCUACACGGAGGCGCUCCCCGACCCGGCGGCUGUGGCGGCGGACGUGGAAACCGAGCUGUACAAGCUGCACGACAACUCGGUGUCGAAGGACUACAAGGCCAAGUUCCGGUCCCUGUCCUUCAACCUCCGCGACAACGGCAACCCCGAGCUGCGGGCCCGCGUGUUGCGGGGCGAGCUGCCUCCCCCCCGGCUGGUGACGCUGGGUCCCGCAGAGCUGGCCAGGAAGGAGCUGAGCGAGUGGCGGCAGAAGAGGCAGGAGGAGGCGGCCAAGAUGGUGUUUCUGGAUGCAGGAUUUCACGGCGGCGACGCCACUGGCGCGGCGCGGCGGCUAUCCUCUGGGAUGCCGCGAGCGACCGCUGUCGGCGGCGGCGACGGCGCCGCCCCGGCGGAGCUUGGGCGCAGAAUGUCGACGGAGGCGGGGAUGGACGGCUUGCCAGUGGCGCCGCCGGGUACGGCAGCGGCUGCGGCGGCAGCGGCGGCGGGCUCCUCCCCGGCGAAGCGUACGGUGUUGAGGGCGGCGCUGCCCGCUGCGGCUACGACAGGAGAUGAGACGCCGCCGCGAGCUGACCAGGACGGUGACGCGCCGUACGACCCCGACAAGUACGACGAGCCGUACGAUCCCGAGGCUCAGCAGCCCGACGAUGACGACGCCAACUUACCCAAGUACGAUCCCUUUGACGGCUCCGAGCCGCCGCCGCCGCCGGCAUCUCAGCCGGCUGUGGUCAACGCCUCCGCCGCCGCCGGCACUGCAUACGCGGGGGCUACUGCCAAGUCGGUUUCCAUCGCUUCACUGCGAGCCGCGCCGGCAGCUACCGCCGCCGCCGCCGCCGCCGCCGGCGGUGCAGACCGUCCAGGGUCCCAGCCGUCACCGCUGCGCUCCCCGCCAGCUCCCGCGACGGCGGCGGCGACGGCGGCGGCGGUGACGGAUCUUGCCCCGGUAAUUCAGCGGCAACAGCCCGGGGAGGGGCCCCUUCCCGAUCUGCCUCUGGACAGCGUGGGCGAAACGUUAUGGAGCGGUGUAAUGCGGUGUCCGGGAGCGACCUCGGACAACCUGGUGCCGGUUGAGGUGUCGUACCUUGGCGGCAGCGGUCGUCUGGGCCCUAUGUUGCGGUGCUCCGAGCCUCCUACGGAGCUGCUGGUGAAGGGGCAGGUAAAAAUGGCCCGAGUGGAGCAGUUCUUUGAGGAUCUUCGCCGCAGCCGCAGCCGUACCAUCACACUGGCGCUUGUACGACCACUCAGUUUCGAAGAGGCCGUGGCGGCUGGCAUGACGGAAGCGGCCAAUGCGAUGGCGGCUGGCCGAGUGGGCGGCAUGGCGGAGUUUGUGACACAGCACCGCAGCCGUGCAGGUUUGGCGACGCCGCAGGCGGCUCUGGAGGCUUACCUUGUGACCCGUGGGUCGCUAGCGGCGCGGCUGCUCAAGACGGCGCGUGUGGUGUGCCCCGCCACCCAGUUGGCGCUUCUUCCCGAAGACAUUGGUGAUGAGCAGCUGCUGCUGGCCCUGGUGCACCCGAGGUCCUGGGAGGCCCCGCCGCACGCCCUCGUCGCGCCGCCACCACCACCACCACCACCAUCCGUUCACCACCACCACCACCAUCAUCAACAUCAGGAACACCAUCCCCACCAACACCACGGCCAGUCGUUCGCUCUAGGGCAGCAGGGGCUGGAGCAGCCGGCGGCGGCGCCGCCGCCGCUGGAGAUUGACUUCAACGGCCUGGCGGCCGCGGCGGCGGCGGCGGGCCUGCUGACGCCGCCGCCGGGAGCCCCGACGGCGGUACCCGCCGGAGUACCGCCAGCGGCGGCGGCACCACGGCCGGCGGCGGAUGGUGGAGGCGGCCUACCUAUUGACCUUGGUGCGUUGAGUGACCUAGCGGCAGCGCUGGGUAUUCCCGGGACAGGGACAGCGGCACCGCACUCUGAGGCCGCCGCGCCGCCGCCCCAGGCGGCGGCGGCGGCGCCGCCGCCGCCGGCAGCGGUUAUCGUUGAUGCGCCUGGCGGCGCCGCCGCGCCAGCCACUCAGCUUGUAACCGUGGUGAUGCAAAACCCUGACGGCACAUUGGCGAUUGUGGCGAUGCCGCCGGGGACGGCGCCGCCGGGCGGCCCACCGGCGGCAGGUCCGCCGCCGGCGGUGCUGUUGCAGCCGCCGCCGCCGCCGCAGGCAGCCCUUGGUCCGCCACCUGGUCCCGGCGGAGCCCCAAGUUAUCCCCUCCAGGGCCCCCAGGGAACGCAUCCAGAUCACCCAGGGAUGCUGCCGCCGCCGUACCUGCCGCCGCCGGGAGCGCCGCCGCCGGCAGGGCCUUAUGGAGAGCCGCCGCCGCCACCACACGAGCACUACCCUGGCGGCCACGGCCCCCCACCGCAUGGUCGGUACGGCGAGCCACCGCCGCCCAUCAACAACAGCAUCCACAGGAGCCGCCGUACUAUGGAGGACCGCCGCCGCCGCACCACCACCACCAUCAACACCACUAUCAACCGCCGCCGCCAGGGCAUGGUGGCGGCAGUGACCCGGGGGCUCCACCGCCGCCGUACGGGCCGUCACGUGACGGUCCUGAAGGACGGCCGCUGCCGUACUACCCGCCGCCUCGAGAUGGUCCCGACGGCCGCGGACCAGGAGGGUACGACGACCCGUACUAUCACCGCGGCGGCCCGCCAGGCCCCCAUGAUGGGCCUUAUCCGCCGUACCGCGGAGGUCCUCCAGGGAGAGGCGGCGGCCGCGGUGGCGGCGGCGGCGGCGGCCCGCCCCGAGGUGAAUGGGGUGGCGGCGGCGGCGAACAAGGCCGGUGGGGUGGCCGCCGUGGCGGCGGUGGCCGUGGUCGCGGAGCCCACGAGGACGGCCGCGGCGGCGGCGGCGGUGGCGGUUACGGGUACGAGGGGUAUAGCGGCGAUCGGGGUCGGCCCCAUGACGGCGGCGGCUACAGAGGUGGCGGCCGUGGCGGCGGCGGCGGCGGUAGAGAUCGAGUUGAUUGGGCCGGCGGCGGCGGCGGCGGCGGCGACCGGAGGGAUUGGGAGGGCGGGAGACCUGAACGGGGUGGUGGGGAGUGGGCCCGAGAUCGCGAGCGUGUGGGUACCACCAGCCGUCCGGACGCACACCAUCCCCGCUAAGGAUGGCGCCGUACGACAUCGGAUGCGGUUUGACGACUCCCCUUUGAGGGGUGUGACCUGA